UGCGUCCAGGAUAAAGCGCUCCGGACGGGUCGAUGCGGAGAGAGCGGCGCAGCGUUUUGCGUUUGGAUUUAUUACAGCGGAGCGCAACACUGACUGGAAAAUGUCCGGGGACAAGGCGACGAGCCCCUGUAAUAAAUUCCAAGCCAAUAUUUUUAAUAAAAGUAAAUGCCAAAACUGUUUCAAGUCGCGGGAGCUGCAUCUGUUGGCUGAUCAUGACAUGGAGCAGGCAAAACCCGUCUAUGGCGGCUGGCUGUGCUUGGCUCCUGAGGGGACAGAUUUCAACAACCCGAUUCAGAGGUCAAGGAAGUGGCAGCGGCGGUUCUUUAUCCUGUACGAACACGGCAGCCUGAGCUUUGCCCUGGAUGAGCUGCCGAGCACUUUGCCCCAGGGGACGGUGAACCUGAAUCUGUGCACAGAGGUCAUCGACGCCGAGCCCCGGACGGGCCAGAGAAACUCGCUCUGCAUCAUCACACCAGAGCAGGAAAUCUGCAUCCGUGGGGAGAAUAAAGAGAUUAUCAAUGGGUGGAACGAACAUCUCGCUGCGUAUCCCCGCGCCAACAAGCAGAACCAGACAAAGAAACGCAAAGUGGAACCUGUCGCUACCCAGGAACCGAGUCCAGCAAAGAUGGCUGCGACCGACCCAUGUUUUCCCACCGCGGAGAGUCCUGCAGAGCCCGGCUCCAGCCCGUGGCAGGAAGACCAGCUGGAGAGGAGACCAAAUAUAACUCCUGUCUGGACUGUCACAGACACAGAUCCCCCGGGCCCGCAGCCGACCCCUGCAGGCAACAUGUCGCGCUACCUGUGCCCGGUCUCCAGGGAGUCCUUGGCCUCGGACGGCAGCUGGCUCUCCGGCACUCUCAGCGGCUCCGUCAGCUCCUUGGACUCGGCGGCCAGCGGCGGCAGCGACCCCGGCGAUGGCAACCGGCCGGCUGAGCCCGAGCCAAACGGCGUCCACACAUCGGCAGACAACAAGGACCAGAGGGAGGACGGAAGCCCGCCGGAGACGCUGACGGGUUCGGAGCUGGCACAUUCGAGGGACGCUGACGAGGAGCCGGCGUGGGAUCCGGUUAUUUCCAGAAAGGGCAGGAGUGAGGCUCGCACCAGCAAGCGAGAGAAGCUCCAGUCAUGUGGAGACCUCGCCCAGCUCUCGGCACCCCCGCCCCAGCGCAGGUCCAAGUCUCUGGACCGCAGGACGUCAGAGUCGGUCAUGACUCCGGAUUUACUGAACUUCAAGAAAGGAUGGAUGGUCAAAUUGGACGAGGAGGAUCAGUGGAAGAAAUACUGGUUUGUGCUGUCGACUGAUAGUCUGAGAUACUACAAGGACUCCAUGGCAGAGGAGGCUUCAGAUCUCGAAGGGGAAAUUGACCUGACCGAGUGUUAUAACGUGUCUGAGUACCAGGUGCAGAGGAACUACGGCUUCCAGAUCCACACCCGUAAGGGCUUCUACACAUUGUCAGCGAUGACUGCAGGGAUACGCAGGAACUGGAUCCAGGCCCUGAUGAAAAAUGUCCAUCCAACUAACGCCCCUGAUGUCGCCAGUUUGACAGGCCACCAUAUUCCCUGCAAGCCAGAUGUGACUCAGGACUCCUCCCCCGCUGAAGCCUCCGCAGAGACAGACAAGCACUCCAAGCCGAGGACUGUGACGGAAAGGCGGCGGGAGGGCCGCUACAAAACCUUCGACUGGGCUGAGUUUCGGCCUCUCGCCAAGCCUGCGCCGGAUCUGGACGCUCGGACGCUUACGGGUCCCUGCUCCUUUGAGCUGGGGGACCCGGAGAGGAAGAAGAGACGGGAGGAGAGGAGGAGGAGGUACGAGAGCAUGCUGGGUUUCCCCCUGGCCUUGGAGGCGAUUGGAGAUCACAACGCGGCAGACGGCGGCACCAGAGCGUCGAGCCCCCGGUCGCAGCAGAAAAUGGAAGAGGAGAUCGAGCAGUGCUGGCAGCAGGUGGAGAGGACGGUCUUCAGGCUGGAGAGGACGGUGCCGCUCCACACAGAUGCCAGAGACGCUGUGGAGAUGGAGACGCUGCUGGACGGCUACAGGAAGGGAGUGGAGGAUCUGAAAGCCCAGCUGGCACAGUCGGACCAUCGCAGGCUGGAGCUGGAGGCUCAGCUGAGGACUGCGGGGUAUCAUCAACAGCAUGUCUGCCCGCUGCUUGACCCCCCACUAUGUUCUGAGUCAGAUUUUGGCCAACUGGGGGCCAAUGAAAAACCAGUCAACAGUCACACACAGAGCCUGAAUGAAAUGUACAGAGAGACCCGGGAGCUCCUGCAGCAGCAGAACAUGAUCCGACAGAGCAUGCAGGAGCAGCUCAGCAUCGCUUUGUCUUCAUCGGCACCUCAGCACCCGCAGCCGCCCAGCAUCCUGCUGCAUGAUACUGAGGGAAACUUGCAAGAGCUGGGAGGUUUGCUCCGUGACCCACCCGUGACAGAGAACACAUCUUUACUGUCACCUGCAUCAGACAAGCAACACUCAGUGCUUCAUACUGAGGGAGAAACCAGAGGAACCAACUUGGACAGAAGCACACCUGACCACCAGAAUCGGCUGAACAGUGAAGUCCAUCAGCAGGUUUCCAGCUCAGAAACACAAAUAAAUGGCGGUGAAUGGAGUGCAUCCUCGCUGAUUAUGGAAGAGACCGGGGAGAGAGACGAUGACCGCCUCAGCUGCUGUGAUUCGUUAAGCUGUGUGGACAAGCGUACGGUUUCUGACCAGACAAUCGUGAAGAGGCUUUCCCAAGACAUGGAGCUGCUCACCAGCCAGAAUGAAGCCCUCAACCAGCGCAACCAGGAGAUGCUGAACCAGCUGACCGAGGCAGACCGGGAGAUAGGAAGGUUGAAGGCAGAGUUAACAGGCAGGCACAGUGAACCUUAUCACAUUUCAGAGGUGGAACAACUGAGCGAGACGAGGGUAGAAGAUCUGGAGAGGGAGCUAAGCGUGAGGAACCAGCAGCUCCUGGAGGCCCAGUCGCUCAUCGCCUCCCUGGAGAGGCGUUUAAAGGACUCAGAAAUGGUGUCACGGCAGAGAGACGCCACUCUGCCAGGCCUGGAAACACCAGCAGACACCGAGGAAGCGGGAGAAGAGAAAACGGACCGACUGCACGGCGACAAGAAAGCAGAGGGCUACUUUCUUCGAUGUUUUGAGGCCACCGAGGCCAAGCUGAAAGAGCUGGAGAGGCAGCUCUGCCAGUCUGAGCUGACCUGCAGGGAGCUCCAGGCUCAUAACACACAGCUCAGGGAGGCUGAGAGGCUUUGCAGUCAGAGAGCUGCAGAGGCAGAGGCUGACAUCAAGAGGCUGAAUCAAGAGUUAAAGAAGGAAAGGAUGAAAGAGGGGAAGGAGUUGCCAGGCAGAGACGUGUCAGUUUCAGGUGAGGAAAGGAUCCAGCAAGUGGUAAAUGGGAUGGUAAUGAGGUUGGAGGCCUUAGGGAAAUUACUGGAGGUGAUUGACAGGUUGGAUUUGGGGAUGAUAAAGAAAUCAAUAGAGAACGAGCAUGAGGAAGAGAGGCCCGCACUGGUCAGCCACCUCACGUGGCAGGAAGAGGCGUGGGGUGCGCUGCUGAACGAACUGAAAGUUAGCCCGUCCCAGCCGAGUGAGGACAAACAUGUGGAAGGACUUCUCAGUCGGGUGGCAGAACAGAUGGUAGUGGAAGAGCAAAUGCUGCUGUUAGUCCAUGGUCUACUUUCCGAGACAGAUUCAUGCACAGACAAUGGGAAGGAAGGUUUGGAAGGGACGUGUGAGGGCAAGCGAUUGACAGAACUAGAUAUCAUUGGGAAUAUUGCAAGUUUACCAGUGUCAGAAAGGGAAGAGAAGGAUGACAGUAAUGGGAUAUGUCAUUUGAAUGGUCAGCACUGUGACACAGAUACAGGCAUUGAGGGACAUUUUGCAGAGAGCAAAGACAGGAUUUCUUUACUAAACCACCUCGCCUCCUCUGCCGGUGACAAACUCCAGCUCAUGGCUGACAGGCUGUGUGAUUUUCAUAUUUCGGAGCACCCCUGGUCGGGUUUUAUUCACUCUGUAGCCACUGAAGCAUUAUACCGCUGUCACCUAAGUAAACUCCAUUCUGCGUACCAGCGGGAGCAUCUAGAAGUCAAACAGAAACUUCUCUCUUCUUCACUCGUCUGCGGCAACUGUGCUGGCCUGAUGAGUGAAAACGAGGAGCUCAGGGCAAGACUGUCAAACCUAGAAAAACAAAUGAUUCCCUCAUCUGGCGCUGAGAUGCCCACUCUUAGCCGGACAGAGCACACUUCCCUGCAAGACACAGAUCAUGAGCUACAGGUAGCAGACGCCGCAGAUGUAAGUACUGCAGAUGAAAUGGAGGAACAAAACCUAAAACUAGAGAGUGCUGCUGAAGACUUAAAACUUAAAACGCAGGAGGAGACGGUUGAAGAAGACUCGUCGACCCGUCCUCGAAUUAACGGCGUGGAAAACCCCGCUUCAAGGUGGGUCGGCGGUCAGGAGAAGAUCUCAGACGAAAACUCUGAGACGGCUGAUGCGUCCCGCGAGGAGACAGAUCCGAGGCUGGAGGCAGAAGAAGUCGUCUCGUUGAGGAGACGAGUGAAGGACCUGGAGGAGCAGCUGUCUUGUCUAGCAGCGCGGAUGAAAGAGGAGUUUGAUGGGGAGAUGAGCUCCGUCCAGCUGCAGCAUGAGAAGGAUAUGGAAAAGCUCAAGGCCACAUACGAGAGUGGAUUCACGGCCAUGGAGGAGUCUCACCAGAGGCUCCUGGACGAGCUGCAGCGCCGACACCACAAGGAAGUGGAGCGCCUCCUGGAGGACAGAGACAGACGGCUGGAGGAGGAGACCGCCGCCACUGCCAUUGCGAUUGAAGCCAUCAAGAAUGCACAUCGCCUGGAGCUGGAGCGGGAGGUACAAAGGAGAUGCCAAUCAAAGAGCGCCAUAGGAAGCACAGACCUUGAAGAGAUAUGGCGGCAGCAUCGUGAGGAGCUGGCCUCCUGUGAGCGGGAGUUGGAGGUUUUAUCCCAGCAGUAUUCUCUGAAGUGUCUGGAGAACGGACACCUCGCCCAGGCGCUGGAUGCAGAGAGGAAGGCCUUGUGUCAGUGCCAGCAGGAAAACCAAGACCUGAGGACCAGAAACCAGGAGCUGAGCAGCCACCUGGCAGCAGAGAUCACCCGGCUGUGCUCCCUGGCCAAGCAGGACGCCCCCCCGCUCAGUCAGGGGAUGGACGUCUACGAAAUGGAGAUCACCCUGCGAGUGAAGGAGUCGGAGGUGCAGUGUCUGAAGCAGGAGAUCGCGUCUCUCAAGGACGAACUGCAGUCGGCUCAGAGGGACAAGAGGAGCGCGGCAAAGAAGUACAAGGACAUCUACACGGAGCUGAGCAUCGUGAGGGCCAAGAGCGAGCGGGACCUGGAGCAGCUGAGGGAGAACCUGAGGCUGGCUCGCCAGGCGCUGGGCCAGACCUCACCACCACACAUCUAGGGAAGCGUCCACUUUUCACAGCCUCUCCUCAUGCUUUCUGUUUUUUAAAGAUACCUACUGUGUGUUAUUAUAUGUUCAUUUGUCUUUGUCAACACAGACUACAUGUUUUUUUUUUUUUUUUUUUUUUUUAGGAAGGGAUUUAUUGUACAGGAGAAAUCUUUAAUAUCCUUUUUGUAACUUGUCAUUUUCCUAUAUAAUACAUCAAAAAACUUCAACUGCAUUCCCAUCCUGCACUGUAUCAAGGUUUUAGUCACUACUGAAGACAAUGUUUGUUCUUCUGCAGAGUGCAUCAACAAAAUACAAUAUUAUUUAAAAAAAAAAAAAUACACUCACUUCAAAUAUAAGUGAGUUAUCAGAAUAGACAAAUAAAAAAAAAGUAAAAAUAGCUAUUUAAAUAUGUAGUUAAUCUGACACACAUUUGUGCAGGAAACCCUAGAAAAUGUACCUGAAAAUAUAUAUCAAAUGUCUAGUUUUCCAUGCAUUCAUCAUCAUUCCUGUAAGUGAUGCGUGCUGUAAGUGUUGUUCAUCUUCACUGUCUUUAUACAAAUUGCCUAAAAAAAAAAAAAAAAAAACUCAUUUUUUUAAAAAACAUGGUAGUGGAUAACUGGCAGACGACAAACUGUAAUUUAUAUUUGUACAACACAAUGUUAUUAUUUUGUUUUUAUUCCUCCUAUUAAAUAAUAUUGGGACAUUA